AUGCUGGAGUGCCCUCGCAGCCCAUCGACGUCGUUAGCGUCAUCAGGUCGAGAAACAGGUUCAUCUGGCAGGGAACAUGGAGUGGCAUCCGGUAGUGCUGAACAUCUUAACGCAUCCAGCGAAAACCCCUCUGGCAAACAUGGAGUUUCUGGCUUGGCGAUGAAACGUCUUGUUCGAGUGCCCUGUGGCAAGACAACGACUGCCUUGUCUGAUUCAGCCCAACAAAGGUGA